AUGAAAAUUCAGGUACUGUUUCUCUUCCUGCUGUCUUUGUUCUGUAAGGCCAUCUCCCAGCCCAUCCUCUACUCUAUUCGGGAGGAGCUGGCCAAAGACUCUCUGGUGGGGAACCUCGCCAAAGAUCUAGGGCUCAGUGUGCAGGAGCUGUCAGCUCGAAAACUGCGAGUUAGUGCAGAGGAUUAUUUCAGCGUUAGUGCAGAGAGUGGGGAUUUGUUGGUUAGCGGCAGGAUAGAUAGAGAGAAGAUUUGCGGGAGGAAAUCUGAGUGUUCACUGGAAUUUGAAUCGGUCACUGAAAACCCAAUGAAUAUUUUCCAUGUGAUUGUUGCAAUCCAAGAUAUUAACGACAAUGCACCACAAUUCCCUGCAAAGGGCAUUGAAUUGGAAAUCUGUGAGUCAGCCUUACCAGGGGUAAAAUUCCCUCUGGAUUCUGCACAAGAUGAAGAUGUAGAAGGUAACUCACUGAAGAUAUACGCCAUCAGCCCUAAUCAACACUUCUCUCUGUCAACAAAAGAAAGUCCUGAUGGAAGUAAAUAUCCAGAAUUAUUACUGGAAAAACCUCUAGACAGGGAACAUCAGACAUCCCAUCGCUUAAUCCUGGCCGCCAUUGAUGGCGGAGACCCACCUCUAAGCAGCACCACCCAAAUCCGGAUCAAAGUCACUGAUGCCAAUGAUAAUGCUCCAGUGUUCAGUCAGGACAUAUACAAAGUCAGCCUCCAAGAAAACAUACCGUGGGGAACCUCCGUGCUGCAGGUGAUGGCUACAGAUCAGGAUGAGGGAGUUAACGCAGAGAUCACCUAUGCCUUUCUCAAUAUUCCAGCAAGUACUAACCUCAUCUUCAGUCUAAACCCAACAACUGGUGAGAUCACAACCAAUGGUACUUUGGAUUUUGAAGAAAGAAGUAGAUACUUGCUGGGCGUAGAAGCCAAGGAUGGAGGGGUGCAUACAGCUCACUGCAAUGUUCAGAUUGAAAUCGUUGAUGAAAAUGACAAUGCCCCAGAGGUGACACUCAUGUCCUUUUCUAAUCAGAUUCCAGAGGACUCAGAUCUUGGAACUGUAAUAGCCCUCAUUAAAAUAGCAGACAAGGAUUCUGGGCAAAAUGGUCUGGUGACAUGCUAUAUUCAGGAGGAAGUUCCCUUCAAACUAGAGUCCACCACCAAGAAUUAUUACAAGCUCGUGAUUGACAGGUCCCUAAACCGAGAAUAUAUAUCAGAGUACAACAUCACCAUAACAGCCACCGACAGGGGCAAGCCAUCCCUUUCUUCCAGGACUUCCAUCACUCUGCACAUCACUGACGUCAACGACAAUGCACCGGUUUUCCAUCAGAGCUCUUACGUGGUCCACCUGGCUGAGAACAACCCACCAGGCGCUUCUAUUGCGCAGGUCAGUGCUUCGGACCCUGACUUCGGACCCAACGGCCAAGUUUCCUACUCUAUAUUGGCCAGUGAUCUGGAGCCAAGCGCACUGUUCUCCUACGUGUCCGUGAGCGCGCACAGCGGGGUGGUGUUCGCGCAGCGCGCCUUCGACCACGAGCAGCUUCGCUCUUUCCAGCUGACGCUGCAGGCCCGCGACCAGGGCUCACCCGCGCUCAGCGCCAACGUGAGCCUGCGCGUGAUGGUGGACGAUCGCAAUGACAACGCGCCAAAGGUGCUGUACCCCUCACUGGAGCCUGACGGUUCCGCGCUCUUCGAUAUGGUGCCGCGCACCGCAGAGCCAGGCUACUUUGUCACCAAAGUGGUGGCGGUAGACGCUGACUCAGGUCACAAUGCCUGGUUAUCUUACCACGUGCUGCAGGCCAGUGAUCCUGGACUGUUUAGCCUGGGACUCCGUACUGGUGAGGUGCGCACAGUUCGAGCCUUGGGAGACAGGGAAGCAGCUCGCCAGCGCCUGGUGGUCGCUGUGCGCGACGGUGGACAACCGCCCCUCUCCGCUACAGCCACGCUGCACCUGAUCUUCGCAGAUAGCCUGCAAGAGGUCCUCCCAGACCUCAGCGAUGACCCUUUACCCUCUGACCCUCAGACCGAGUUGCAGUUUUACCUGGUUGUGGCCUUGGCCUUGGUUUCUGUACUCUUCCUUCUGGCGGUGAUCUUGGCCAUCGCCUUGCGCCUUCGACACUCUCCUAGCCCAGCUGCCUGGGGCUGCUUUCAACCUCGUCUCAGUUCUAAGUCUGCACCUGGGGUUCUCCCCAAUUACAACGAGGGAACACUGCCUUAUUCCUACAAUGUGUGCGUUGCCUCACAAUCGGCUAAGACAGAGUUUAAUUUUCUCAACGUGUCAGCGGAAGUGGCUCCCAUUCAGGAUCUCCUGUGUGAUGAUCCGUCUAUGGUUGUAUGUGCCAGUAAUGAAGAUCUUAAAUUCUCUUAUGGCCCUUCUGAUUCCUCUCACGAAGCUUCAAUCUGGGCCCCCGGAGAACUCCAGUACCCAACCGUGAAAACACCUUAUCUUGGAACCCAAAGAUCGUGGGGCUCCUCAGACCUCCAGAGACAACGCCCAAGCUCAGACUAUUCGGCAGCGGGGCUGUAA